CUGCCAUCGAGAAAGCAACAAGUUGAACGUGCGGGUUUAUUAUUUCUUCACAACCGAGACUCGCGGCGUUCUUUUUUUAUAUUUUUUUCUUUUUUUUCCUAUUGAUGUUCUUAAAUAUUUCUGUGGAUGACGAAGAGCCGCAUUAAUAUGUGUUAUAAGAUCGUUGAUCGCCAAAAAGAAAGAGGGCUAUAGUGUGGAAAGCCCCCCAAACGGUUUUUUUACUGUGAAAAUUUGUAUGCCAAAACGAAAACGAAAUUGUAAUACAAAAAAAAAAAUAAACAACAGUGAAGAAAAAGUGAAGAAGAACCCAAGAUUCGAGCAAACAACAAACAUAAUGAAUUCGCGAUGGAUAGCACUGACCCCACUCAUUAUCGUAAUUUCGAUAUUGGGUGCAUUUGCCCAUCCGGAGCGCUACGAUCGAUUGCCCAGUUGGGGCUGGAGCCAUUCGCAGAUCGGUGGGGGGCAGGAACCCGCCCACCAGGGGAGUCGGGAGAACAGGGAGGACCUCUGCAGCCACUGUUUCUGCAACCAUCUCAAGGCCAUCUGCGACUUCAAGCUGAACAAAACGCUUUCAAACGAGUUUAAUGAUAAGUUAAUGGUGCCGCUGAACAUUAAGUACAUUGAGGUGCGACUGACUGCCGGCACCCAGUUCGUGAUGUUCGAGAACUUCUUCCUGGACAACCAGGUGAACUACUUCGGCCUGAUCGGAGUGCGGAAAGAUGACCAGGUGGAAAUAACCAGCAAUGCCUUUAGCCACAACAAGGGUGGCUAUCCCAGCAUCGAAAUUGGAAAUAUCUCGAGGGUUUUUCUCCGCGAGAAAUUCCUUACAGGUGCGGAAUACAAACUGCUGGUGGAGGAUGUCGAUCAGCUGACCGUAUUCCCCAAUGCCCUGCAGAUGACCAAUCUGGACUGCUCCCUCAAGCGGAUCAACCAGCUGAAUCUGAUGAAGAACGCCUUCAAUCCCGGCAAUCCCAAGUAUGGCAUAAAUCUCCGCGUGGAGGAUUCGAGUAUCAACCAGCUGGGCAUCUUUGGGGUGUCCAUGGGCAAGGUGAGCUUGAUGCGCUGCACCAUUGCCACGAUCAUGAGCAACGCCUUCGACGUGACCAGCAUCAAGGAGCUAAUCAUCGAGGGCUGCAACAUUGCGACGAUCGAGACCCAGGCGCUGACCAACAAGCUCCACAGCGACAAGGUGGCCAUUGUGGACACGGUGAUCGGCACCAUCGAGGGCCAGGCGAUCAGCCAGAGCGGAAUAACCACAAUGAUUAUGUUUGGCAACAAAAUCUCGAGGAUCCGUUCGAAUGCCAUCCAAAUAGCCGCCGUUAGCCUGUUCAUCCGCAACAACUCGAUGAACCACGUGGAGCCCAAUUGGCUGAGUGUUAGCCAGGCGGAUCAUGUCGAGAUCGAGAACAACCGAUUCCACGAUUAUGGUCGUUGUGAGCUGAACAUCGGCUCCUCGAACUGCAGUUUCCGCAACAACAUCCUGCAGAAUCCGCAGUCGGGCAGCUUGAACUUCACCUGUCGCGUCCACCAGGUGCACGUGGGCAACGAGUGCUCCUGCAACAAGGCCUGGCUGUCGGAGCUGACCGAUCACGACCUGGAAUCGGAGGUGAUGUGCCGGGUGACGGAUCAGCACAUGGGAUGCCUGAAUGCCACCAGUACGAAUGUACGGCGCUUCGUCAACGAGGCGUGCGGCGGAAAUGUGACCCGCUACUGCAACGAUGGCCAGUGGACGACAAAGGUGGCCAGUGAUCAGUUGAGCGAUUCAAAUAAGUUAACCAUCAAGUGGAUAGCCUGCGCAAUUGUCGUGGUCACCCUAGUGAUUGUCCCAGUGGUCGUGUUGGUGGCCAGAUGCUGGCACACUGGCGGCGGAGGAGGAGGCGUCGGCGGAGGAGCCGGUGGCAAUAGCAACGAUAGGUGCCAAAUCGAGGAGAAUAUCCGGGAACCGUUGCGGCAGAGCGCCAUGGAACUGCCCGAAGGCGAUGCCACCAGGAAGGGCAUCCUGAAGGUAAUCAACGGUCGGCUGACCAAAAAGGAGUGCUACAAACGGAUCUUCUUCAUCAUCGAUAGUAUGCCGAAGAACUCGUCGGUGAUCGAGAGACUCCUGCUGGAGCACAUAACGCAGAGUCACCUCGAUGGGAAUCCAUCGUUGGACGGGGCCUAUGCGACCAGUGCCUGUGGCACGGCCAACGGCACAGCCUCCGCUGGUCCGCCACCCAGCGCACCGAGUCCCCAGCCCAGUGACGAUGAUGAGCCCAUCUACCAGGAGCCCGACCAGCAGCGUCCGCUCAUGUGCAGCGACUACUCCUCGCCGCUGAAUCCCGGCGAGGACAUGUACGCGGAGCCGUUCAAUGCCACGAAUGCGAACGACAUGCCACCGGCAUAUCAGUAUGCCACGCCCAUGCGCAUACUCACGCCCCCACAACAACAGCAACCGUCGACGAUGGCCAGUUAUGCCACGCCCGUUUGGCGGUCCACACCAAGUGCCACGCCCACCAGCCGACCGCCCUCGGGGGCCCAGACAUCCCAGGGGUCAACGACUGCGCCGAGGGCUGUCAAGGAUCUGAGGCAGGCUCUCCAGAACUCCCCACAAUUCCAUCCCAAUCAGCUGAGCUCAGCGCGGAACCAAAGACAAGUCCUGCAAAUCCAGCCGGUCCAGCCGCCGCCCUACAGUCACAGUCACAGGUCGCAGGUCAGGGGUCAGCGGCGGCGCAGCUUCGAGUGCCUCGACGGCGCCGCCAGCCUCGCCGCCAUGGAGCACAUGGACUCCGGUUCGGAUCACUCCGGCGGCAGCGAUGUGACCGUCCAACUGGCCGAUGUGAUCGACUACGCGGAUGCCUAAAAGUAUGCAGAGCCCGUAUAUAUAGUCUUAUACAUAUAUAUACACCUUCAUAUCUGCCACAACUGUCACACCUGCCACACACAAAAAAAAAAAAAGCGAAAAACACCUGCCAGCAGCAGAGCCCAAAACAAAAAAUCGAAAACACUUUGUGAUAUUCAUACAGUUUCUCUGGAUAUGUGUAGAUAUAGCUAGAGAGAACCGAUCGAGAGGAAUCAUAGCAUAUAAGCUAGCAUUAAGUGAACUUACAUUUAAAUAAACAAGUCCUAGCAGAGCGCUCGACUGACUCA